AUGACCCGCACGGACUUUGGCAAGAUUCUCCCACAAGCCAUUGAGCACCCUGGUGCCGCUUCCAACACCCCUCCGGACUGGCUCAACGACGAAGCUGUCAACGGCUGGUACGCCGCCAUCUGCGCCCGUCGCAACGAACAAGAUGGCUACGUGAAGGGCCCGAACAACACUCCCGCCCUCGUCGCCUACAACACCGCUUGGAUCACCACUUGGAACAAAGCUGGCGGCGCUCAAGGCAUCAAGACCUGGUCCCGACGCAAGGGCAUCUCAGGUGCGAAAUUGCUCAAGGCCGAAAAGGUCUUCUUUCCCAUCAACUCCGGCGCUCACUGGACUCUCCUCAUCAUCUCCCCGAAGGACCGCAAGAUUCAAUUCCUGGACUCCCUGCAUGGCAAGUCGACUCCGUGGUUUGCGAAGGCGCGCCAGUGGUUGCAGAUGGAAUUGGGCAAAGACUACAAGCCGGACGAAUGGACUGAGGAUAUGGACAGCCAGAGCGUUGGCCAAAUGAACCUCAGCGACUGCGGCGUCUUCACUUGCAUCAACGGACUCGUCAGCGCGAAGGGACGGAAGUUUGAGGAGAUCUCGGCCACGAACGGAAUGAAGGAAGCGAGAGAGAUGAUGGUUGCUGUUUUGAUGUUUGGAGGGUUCAAAGGAGAUUGGGAAUUGUGA